UACACACGUUCCCACGGAGUCGAAACUGCUCCUCCUGAUUCUUUUCCCAUGAGGAGGUACGCAUGAAACCAAAACAAAAACUUGUUCCGCAUCCAGUCACACGAUGGUUACGAUCGGAGGAAUGGAAGGAACAGGCAACGCGGCGUCACCACCAUUCCCAAACCACCACCGACACAACAGCGAAAAAUCUUGCAGCAGCCACGAUGACGAGUCGCGAAGGAGAGAGCGUCGGCGAUAAUGCGAACUCGAAUGCCAACGCGAGUGCCCUCGCGGAUGCCAACGCCCAGCUACAGUCGCUGAAUCGGGUUUCCCACCGGCUGGCGAUGGUCGACAGCGCCCAAAAGCUCCAGGCGGUCCUCGACAAGCUGCUUCCGCGCCUCUUGCUAAGAAUCGGGGACAACCACAAGGCCCGGCUGAAGAUCGGGAACGAUCCCCGGCUGGACUCGGUCCUGUCCAAAACCCACCUCAAGCUGGUAGAAAUGCUUUCGCACGUGAUGAAACGAAUCCGGGACGACACCGAUUGCCGGCUGACGAACGCGAGGGGCAUCCUGGACCUUCUAGUAGCGGUGGACGACGAGGGCCGGAAAACGGCCAGAGACUGCGACAGCUUCAGCCUCAACCUUUCGCUGGCGUUCCUCACACUAGCCGUUCCGAGGUGCACCCCCUCCGAGCUCGACGGCCUCCUGCCCGGGCUUUUGGUCCUGCAUGCCUGCUACGAGCGGCGGAUACGGAAACGGGCGGCCGACGGUGAUAUGUCUGCCUCCGUGGAUUCCGCCAGGAAGCAGUGGCAGCAGGUUUCGCACCUUCUCCUUCGCACCCUGGAACGAAUCAUCGCGGAAGAAGAAUCCUCCCUCGGUGCGUCCCGGAAACUCGCGGCGGCGGCGGCGGUCGCCAAUAGGACGAAUGGGAACAAACGAAUCAAAACAGGCGACGACCAUGGGAACAAGGACCGCGCCGCCGCCGACGGCGACGGCAAACGAGGCGAUGCCACAACAAACGACGGGGGGACCGCGAUUUCCGGCCUCGAGGAGGCACGGCUGCUUCUGUCGCGGGACGAAUCGCCGGGAACGACCGGCCCCGACGGAGCACCACCGCACCUCUCCGUCGCCGACGCCACGUACGGUCUCUUUUUGGACGCCCUUCUCUACCAAACCAAAGCCGGCAGCGUUCCUCCCGCGGGGCUGUCGUCGGGCGGGUGGGAACGCAUGAAGUCGGGCCACAGCGUGGCGGAACGGGACUGGGCGGCGGAAAUGGCACCCCCCCACCGGCUGGCGACCUUCAAGAACCGGCUCCUGGAGUGGAUCGCCCCCCACAGGCGGUUCGGUCUGUUUCUGGGAGCGACCGGUGCGGCGGACCAAGCGGGGGGCACAACGAACACCCAUAGGAGCGGCAGCGACGGGGACGACAAAACGACCGGUGCGUCGGUUUCUUCCGGAGGGGACACCGGACGAUCCCGCACGGUCGCCCUCCUGGUGGCGGCAUCGGGGGAUCCCAUGAAGAAGGUUUCGGAAACCGCCGUGCAAUACACGAAACAGUAUUUCGAUUCGCAAAAAGAAACGGGGGGAUUCGGGGAUUCCACCGCCCUGACAAAGGAACUCUUGUCCCUGUGCGUCGGAGGCAUCAACGCGGAAGCCGUUCUAUCUGCGUCGUCUGCGAACAACAAAGGCCACAAAACCCUUAGUGUUUUGACCGGGGAUUUGUCCUUUCGGCGGCGACAGGUGUCGGACUCGCACUUUUCCGAACUGAUCGGGACGGCCACCAAAGCCCUGGACGACGUGCCCGACGACAACGGCGACGACAUUGCCGCGAUCGGAAAGCUCUCCGUCUUGGCAUCGGACAAAAUGCUUUCCAAGCUCGGCAAUGCUCUCGGGGUGACCCUGCUCCGGGGCAAACCGUACAUUGCUGCUGCGGAGCUGCUGAACGGGCUCAUCCUGCGACUGGGGAAACACCGGCGGCGCCGUCCCGAACACGGCAACUCCACCGUGUCUUCGGCUGAAUUCCAUACGGAGGCCCGCGUGCUGACCCUCGCCGUGACAAUCCUGGCACCCAUUGCCGCCUCGAGGGCCUCCUCCUCGUCCCAGAUCAGCGAGGCCAGCGUUGCCGUGAGAGAUUCUAUUUACGGCACGGUGUCCAUUCUGUGCCGAUCGGAGUUUGCAAGGGAGCGAUUCCUGUGGCUGCUGGCGGCCGGCAACACCGAGGCGACCGGGCUAUCAACCGACCUGCUGCAGCUCCUGUUUCGCUGUCUGGGAAACGAAAUCGACAAGCUGCGGCCGCGGGCUACGGCGGCUCUCGAUGCCUUGCUGUUUUCCUGUCGGCGUGUUGUCGACGGAAGAGACCAGAUGAAGAGAGAGCAGCAAGCACAAACUUUGAUUUCAACGACGGCCAAUCCGUGGGGGAACCAGGGGAGCACCACGAGCUCUCCCGGAUCCCAGAUUGAAAGCUCAUUGCCGAUUGGAGCAUCCAUGUCACCCAUCGCAAUCGCGAGCCAACUCGGAAAGUCUCUGCUUCCAAUUGUUUGGGCCGCGAGCCACACAUCUCAGCCACGACAGUCCCGUGUCGGAGCUGCCCGUUGGUCCAGUGACCUACUGAUCGAUUUGGAUGUGAUCAGUGGAACCCACAUUCUGUCCUUCCUAGCCGGGGACUCAGAUAUAACCGCAUCCGCCAUUGCGAAGGAAGGGCUGGGUCUGAAAGGAUCCAAGAGUGCAGCAGUCGCCGACUUUGAGGAGUUGAUACACGUCUUGAUUCCCGAUGACGGCGGGAACACUUCGACCUCGGCGUUGCAACCCACGUUCUGGGAUUAUUCUCCGAAGGGGAGGGCAGUUGCAGUGACUUGCUUGCUGCGAAGCUAUCAAGACGACUUCAACGGAGGCGAACAGGGCCUUGGAUCGUUUAUGGGUGCUCUAACGAAAUGUCUUGCAUGGGAAGCAACUAGUGGCAACGACGAUGUCCUUGAUGCUUGUUCCGAAGCCUUGUCUGUUUGUAUGUCAUCACCUGCUGCACGUGCUAUGAUACAAUCGUCGUCUCUGUCACUAGAUCUCAAAGGUCUCCGGGACAUGAUCAUAUCUUCUCCCUCUGCCAAAGCAAAACGAUUUCUGGCAGAUGCAUUUGGGAGUUUCUUGAUGGACACAUCUCUUCUCGGCACACAGUGGAUCGACGUUGUUACCGAAGCCUUGUCUUUAUCCUCAGACUACCUAGCGGUAGAACCCUUCAAGCCAUCGAAGGACGUACAAGGUGCAGCUCUGCUGGGUGGAACGUGUGUACGAGUCAUCCGCCUGCACCCUCCCCUCACUAGACCCGAGACGUACGAGAUGGCUUCGAUCAUUUUGAAACGAUUAGGUAGCGCCCUCACAAACGCUGAUGAUAUGAUUGGGAACGUGUUUUGCGACGCGAUUUCCUUGUCGUGCUCCGGUGGUUUCACACCGGAACUUCACGAAAAGUAAGCUGGUCUGUCUCUUUUUCCGAAGUGUAUAUGGCUGAAUGCUGUGUUUCUUACUUUCAUUGUGUUUUUUGACCCUUUCAUUCCGUUCUAUUUUUCAGUCUAAAGCAGGGAAUGGCAUCUGUGUUGAAGAAUACUACACUUGCCUUGAACAAGUUCGGGCAUGGGGAUCGCGUGAACGCUCCGCGAGUGUUAAAAGCGAUCGAACCUACAGGAUUGUCCAUUGCUGUGUCGUCUAGUACAACCGAACAAUCAGAGUGCGUUGCUGCUCUUUUCAAAUUGCUUGGAUCCGAUGCCUUCAGAAAAGACGAGGAAAUAGGUCUAGCAAUUGGUGAAGCGCUGGCCUUGUUCGCCGAAACUGACAAAUCGACGGCAAUGGCCUCAGGGGAUUGGCCAUUGGAUUUGGAUGAGACAUAUGCAAGGAGUUUGUCGCCUUCUUGUCGGGUAAGUUUUUUAAAUGAAAAUUGACGAAAAAGUAUUCGCACGCUCAAUGCGAUAGAUAUCACUCACAUGCAGUAUGUAAAGGUUGUGUAUACGUUGCUCCGGACAGCAAAAUCCACUUCAAAUAAUCAUAAACGAAGAGCAUGCGCAUCGGCGCUGUUAGCGGUUGUAGCCAGAGCAACAAGACUUGAACCACAUUCAAGCUUUCGUAAGUGUUUGCAGCUGAGUCUUCACGAGAUCCAGGACUGCUUCCUUUUCCUCCUUGUAGAUGCCAAAAGCAAUCAAAUAUCUCGAGAGAGCUGUUGUUUGGGCCUUGCAGGCUGUAACAAGCUUGUUGUUGCUUCUGAGUCUGACGAACUGAAAGGAAGGCUUCUGCGGAGCUUUGGAACAACAACAAAUCACGGAGGUAGUGCAAUGCAGGAGACUGAGGAGCAAGCAGCGCAGCGAAGGAGAACAGAAGGGUCAGAUAAUGACAAUAAUGCUAAUAACGGAGAAUCCGAGACAGUAGGAGUUGGAAUCGAUGUUGGCGGUGCGGGAGGAGUAUCAGAGGCUGCCCUGGGGGCUUAUCGCGAGAUGGCAGCCGCUGCAGUAGCAUGUGGUCGUCCAGAUAUUUUAUAUUCCAUGUUGAUCUUAUCGGUGUCCCAUACCAUCUGGUUUUCGACUGAAAAGCGACGUGAUGCCUAUGGUCCGUCUUCGCUGCAGGGAGAUAACUUCAACAAUGACGAAGUGAAAAUUGCUUUGCGCCCAUACCUAGCGAAACUUCUUCCGCGGAUUUUGAGAGCGUCUCAUGAGUAAGUUCAAUAUCAUUGCUUGUUUGAAAGGUGUUCCUACGUUUGAGCAGGACAUCUAACCUAUUUCCAGUCCAAAUAAACGAACUCGAGAACAGAUGGAAACGUUAUGGGUUGGGCUUACAGGUGGAGGAGAGGAAGGUAGAAGAGCGAUCACUGAAAACUUACGUCCCACCAUGGACAAACUAGUCGAAGAAACAUCCAGUAAAUACUGGAGAGCCCGUGUGGGUGCUUGUGGAGCCUUGAGUCAAAUUUGUAUCGGGCGCUCAUGGGCCGAGCUAGGAGGAGGGCCUGCAGUAUUAGACGAGAACUAUGAUCUUGUUAUUUCGAAGACCUCUUCCGAAUCUACACUAGCUGGCAUCCGUCUUCUUCGACUUUGGAGGGCCGUCAUUCGUGCCUUGGAUGACGUGCGAAUAACAGUCAGAGAAAGUGGAGAAUCUCUUGGAAGAACUGUGAGGGGUUUAACUAUCUUCUUGUGCAACCCUCACAUCGAAAAUCCAAAUGAUUCCACCCGAAACUCUAAAGAAAGAGAAAGGGAUGCCAUUUCCGCCUCUGCUACUAUUCUACGAUGGCUUCUUCGCAAUGGACUGAAGCAGCAAUGCGCCGAGGCUGCUGGGAUUUGUAUAUCAGCAUUGAUAGGUAUAAUCGACAUCGCCAAACCUGCCAUUUUGGAGGCGCUCUUAUCCGACGUGAUUUAUGCUUUGUUGAUGGCAAUGUCUAAUCUCGAACCUGCAGCUUUUUCGUAUCUGGCUGUUAGAGGGGAGAGAGGAUCUGACGAUUACGAGAACCUAGCGCGUUUAAGAAUACAAGGUAAGAUGGCGUAUUCCAUUGUUUACGUCCCAACCAGUUGUCGAUAAGGUUUCUGACUCGGCUUGUUUUUAGUCGCCCAAAAAUCUCCUUUGGCCACAGCACUGAGAAAAUGUAUUGAUUUGGUUCCGAAAGCAAGAAACUUGAAAUACCAAGAAGCUGUGGUUCCGGCCCUUGAAUCGGCGAUAAGAAAAUCUUCCGGCAUGGCAACUAGAACGGCUGCUGCUGAAUCUGUAAUAACUCUUUGCUCAACAUGUCCACACAUGUUUCAAUCAAGCGCUUCUUCGAGCUCUUUGCUUCGCUGCUUCUUUGAUUCAGUCUACCGUGAACGUGAAGGAAAGGCGGUUCAGGACAAGAUGAACAGCGCAUUUGGUGGGUUGAGUGCGUUGUGCCCCGGGACAGCAGUUCGUCAGCUUGCGGGCACAGCAACAGAUCGAUACAAAUUAGCACACGGAAACAAUGACGACCCUGUUACGAGGCAUGCAUCUGCGAUGAUCCUAAGAUCGAUUGCGGUCAAAGCCUCCCGACAGUUUUCUGAUCCCGGAAAUUCAGAUGUAUGGUGCAAAAAAGUGCUUCCGAUUUCGUUUCUUGGAAUGCGAGAUCCUGACAAAGCCACAGCAUCAUUAUGGCGCGAGGUGUGGGAAGAUGGAGGGGCAUCAGUUGACAUUGUUUCUUCGACGAACGACAUCGGAAACACGCUAGAAGAAGGACUGUUGUUGGGUCUGACGAAAGAAUGUGUGAAGGCGCUAGAGGAUCGAUCGUGGUCACGAAGAGUAACAGGGGCAGUUUCUCUUGCCAGUCUUGCCGAGAAAGAGAUUCUUGCACCUCCACCGCGUCGUCUCAAUGGUAUUUACUCCAAGUCGGAACAAGCAAGGGCCAAAAAAAGAGCCAACGCUACUCGCAUUGCUCUUUCUUCGUUGCUUCAACUGGUCGGAACGAGUAGAAUAUGGACCGGAAAGCAUGAAGUUGUGCGCGCAGCGAUUCAGGUUUCGAAGGUUUGGAUACCUUUUGCUGUUGCCGAAGAAGCAGAAUCGUUUCUUGGAGAUGUAGGUUUGAGACCAGUGGUUUUUGGUGAUUCGUUGUCCGGCCAGGAUCUUUUUGUAGGCGACGCAUUUUUUAUGAAAGAAGCCAAAGAAAACGAUGAAUUAGCGGAAGAAAGUGAUGUUGACGAUAAUGGCAUUUUGUCCGGUGAAAAAUUCUCAACGGGUGAUAUUCCACAGCUCGUUAUUCCAGGAAUUUGCCGUCUGCUGUUGAUGCAGUCUUUUCCUUCAAAGAGCGCCUUGCGCUCUGUGGCAAGCGAAGAUGUUCUCCCAUAUCGAUCCAAUGUGUUCCUGUGCUUGGAAGAACUCUUGAAAUCGCUUCCAACCCAAGACGACGACUCUUGUUUCCGCGAACGCAUAUUCUCCUUUCUCGCACCACAACUUUGGGAAGUCUUUCGUGAUUCUCCGAGCUCCGCUGAUCAAACGUCCCCCAAAGAGUCGCCAUUGAUUGUCGCUCGAUCCAUUAACUGUUUUGCUGGUUCCCUUUGGUUGGGCAUGAAAUUUGAAAAGAUCAAAACCACGUCGACAGCAGAAAGUUCUGCACUAUCCCAAACCUUCUUGGUCAAUGCCGAUUUCACAAAGCAGUCGGCGUGGACUGUGAGAGAAGCCGCUGCCAGGGGCGCCUCGAAACUGGCAGAGUGUGCAGACUUCGAAACGCUGCAACGACGCCAGGCCGUUUCCACGCUCGUCGAUAUCGCAGGAAUCGCUCUAAAGGACAGAAGGUUCUGGAAAGUCAGGCUCGGAGGUCUCGAAACACUGCACUCUAUUGUCUUGCGCGUUGGGGAUGCUUCGCCACCGGGCACAAGAAACGAUCUGGCGACGACAACGGUAGAUAGGCAGUUGCUUUUGGAAACCGUUCUGCCCUACAAGGAGAGCAUACAAGCACUGGCAAAACGAUCCUUGUUAGACUCCGAGGCAAAGGUGACGUCACUCUCCACCAAAAUUUUGGGAAUUCUUUCUACUUGGCCCUAAUACUGCUACUCAUGUCCGAGUUAUUACCAUGUCCAUCACUGUGAAGAAUAGGCGAAAGAUCACCAGUCUAAGGAACUCGGUAAAAAUGAUUUGACAGAUUGAUUAACAACUUAUUUUGGGGAACUUUUUUAUAGUUCAAAAUUAUAUCAAACACAUGUACUUGUAAAAUGUAAAUCUAGUAUACUACUACUAUUAUAUACUAUGCUGAAUGAGCUUCGUCCAAUUCUGUGCAAAAUCGACACUCAGGUGCAAGAACUGAUACUGAAAGCAGAGGGACUUUCACUUCAAAAGUAUUUCUCAUGACCGCUAACUAUUACCGCAUGUACCAUUAACGAGCCAUUUCUGAAAACCCAGAAGCCUACAUUAAAGAUUGGGCCUUUGUGUUUACGGAAAUUAAUUUUUAAGCGACUC